CAACCUUCAUGGCUAGCUACUUCUCUGGCUCCCUUCGGCUUGAUGAGUCAUUUCAAGCGAAGGCUUUGAAGCUCAGGACUGGUCAGACCUUUAAAGUUGAAAACUGAAUAAAAGGGACAUCGCUAGAUAGAUAGUUUAUCUGUUUGGGAGCUAGUUAGUAACUACAGCUAACUAGCUGUGGAUUUUUUUAAGCGUGUUUUUUUUCUUCUUCUUCGAGAAAACUAACAGCCUGGUAGUCGUGUUGUUUACCGGGGACUUACUCAUUUAAAAAGAGAAAACUUCUGCCAAACAAAUAAAGCUUAACAUUUUUACUAUUAUCUCUAACGCUCCAGCUGAACAGCUGUCCAAAAAAAAAAAGAGAGAGAGAGAGAGAGAGUAACGCUUCUGUUUUGUUUUUAUCCUGAAUACCUGUAGCGGUUUUAAGGGAGAAAAACAACACCAAGACAGGGGCACAUUUUGUUCCGAGUGUGUGGAGAAAUGUCCGGGCUGUCUUUAAAAACUCAUCAGCAGGGGGAAGAAAAGGACAAUCCGGAUCUACAGAAGAACAGCAGACAGGUAGAGCUAUCUGAAGAGCAAGCUCAGACCGUCUUUGUCAUCCUCGAUUCAUCUGAAUCGUUCAGUUUGCUCAGAGUGGAACCACUUUUACCCGAGUCAGGAAUCGUGGCUGACAUCGAGGUGGACGGCAUCCUCACAUCUGAUUCAGAGACCUUUUAUCAGCUCAAGAGUCAGCCCAUUACAGUCAGUGGCUCAGUUGCCCCCGCUGCUCCUGCUGUGGCCCUGAGCACAUCCGCCAUGUCGUCACGGGUGUUGAUGAGGCAGGAGCUGAUGAGGCAGCAGGCGCAGGACCAGGAGAGGAGAGAAGCCCAGCAGCAGGCGUCCAGCGCUCAGCUUCGGCCCACUGACUCCACUCCCGCCAUCUCCGUCUCGUCCUCUCUGCCCAACGCUCGCCCCACGACCACACAGGUCCCCGUGGAAGUGCUGAAGGUUCAGACGCACCUGGAAAACCCGACUAAGUACCACAUCCAGCAGGCUCAGAGGCAGCAGGUGAAGCAAUACCUCUCUCACACCCUCGGCAACAGAGUGGCCAGUCAGACGCUGGCCAUGUCGCCCUCGCCCCAAUCAGGCUCCGCCCCCGAGCUUGCCAAGGCCGUCAGCAGCACUCCCAGCAGCCCUCUGGCUGUGCUGAGUCUCAACUCCCAUAAAGAGGAGAUGGAUGGCGUCAUUGAUGACAUCAUCAGCCUGGAGUCCAGUUACAACGACGACUUCAUGACGCUGAUCGACCCCGGCCUGCAGCUGCCCAACACGCUGCCACUCUCAGGAAAUGUCCUGGAUGUGUACAGCAGUGCCGGGAUGACCACGCCCACCAUUACCGUCAGCAACUCCUGUCCCGCAAACCUGCAGAACGUUAAGACGGAGCUGACAGGUAGUCAACCUGAUCAUCAACCUUAUGCCGAAGCGAAAGCUCUCAUUAAGGAACGGCAGAAAAAAGACAACCACAACCUCAUCGAGAGGAGGAGGAGAUUCAACAUCAACGACCGCAUUAAGGAACUGGGAGAGCUCGUUCCCAAAUCCAGUGACCCGUCAGUAUACCAUGAGAUGCGCUGGAACAAGGGCACCAUCCUGAAGGCGUCGGUGGAUUACAUCCGUAAGCUGCAGAAGGAGCAGCAAAGGGCUAAAGACAUGGAGCAGAGGCAGAAGAAGCUAGAGAACACCAACCGCGCACUGCUGCUCCGCAUACAGGAGUUGGAGAUGCAGGCUCGUCUCCAUGGCCUCGUUCCCUCUCAGGUCUCAGACUCCAUCGUCAAUCACCACCAUCAGCAGCAGCAGCAACAGCAGCAGCUCACGUCUGUGCAGCACACCGCUGAACCUGUCACCACAACGCUCCUCACUCUGGGCGGCCCAACAUUAAACCACACCCACGUCUCCUCUUUACUCUCCCCUCCCCCUUCUGCCUCUCCGGUGGGCGGGGCCAUGAACGUCCCGUUGGACCUAGGAACUCUGACUUUCGGCGAGCUGGAUGACCACGCCUCCUCCAUUUUCAGCCCCGGUCUGAUGGCCGGAGAAAUGGGCCUGAGCGAUAUUCUGAUGGAUGACGGCGGCGCCGACCCCCUGCUCUCCUCCGUCUCACCCGGAGCGUCGAAGACCAGCAGCCGCAGGAGCAGCUUCAGCAUGGAGGAGGACUUGUGAUGGACGUGAUUCACGAUUGUGCGAUUUAACUCUGAUUACCAGGCUCUGUUAGCCAAACUCGGCUAAUACAAGGCUCGACUUCUCCAUUCCCGCUUGUGCACGUCGCAAAAUGGGCCAAUAGAGGGCAGUGUAUCCCAAGGUCAAUUGUCAUUGUAAUCAUAGUACAGUUUAAAAAAAAAAAUUUUUAAAAAUGAAAGAAAAGACGCCAAAAAAAAAAAAAAGAUGCAGCAUGGCUCUUGACCCCUGCGCUGAUGAAGAGACGCUCUACAAAUUUUACCUCAGCGUUUUAGGGGUACUGCAGCUUACAAAGGAUUGUAGGAGCGGAGUUGUUAAGAAGACGACGUAUGAUGCUAGCAGAUGUGCCCACUGACCACGCAUACAUCACAUACACAUGAUUUAUUUUAUUUAUUUAUAAUCUGUUUUAAAAACAGCACCUUGCCCCUCCCCCUUCUCCCAUCUCCCAUCAGAAAACAAACUCAAUUAUUACAAAGACAACAACACAGUAACACCGCAUAGCUGUUUAUACAGGGUUUUAUGACGUGCAGAAAAAGAACCGAUGAGUUUAAAGACUUAUGAACAGCGAGGGUAUUUCCUGGACUAUAAAGCUGCAUUAGCGAUCGUAAGAAGCUCGGGUUAAUUCACGUUUAGAGGAGAGAGAAUAAAUCUGUUAAUAGUGGCGAUUAUUAUUAUUAAUAAUCUAUGAUCUCUGUAUAAAUUAGAGAUGGGAGCAUCUGUGUAAUUAUAGACACGUUUUCCCCACAGAUCAAAAAAAACCCUACAAAUCUUCUAAAGCAAGAACGUGUAAUGCUUUGACCUUUAUCAUAAUCAACGUGUCCAUUCUAGACAGUAGGUUUCAUGUCCUACAGCCAAUAUGUCCUACACUAAAUAAUGAAAUACUGCAUAUCGUUCAAUAUCACCUCUAUUUCAUUGUUUGGUGUGCUUAACUCAUCCAUUGUUGGUUUGGUUUGGAUUGGAUUGGAUUGGUUUUGGUUGGGAGAAUGCUUCCUAGAGUGCCUCUAUAAUUAAGAAAAGGUGUUUAAGAAAAAAUAAAAAUAAAAAAAAGAACGCUUUGUCCUACAGGAUAUGAUGGAAUCUUUACCACGCCUGUUCAUUCGGGAUCAUUUUCUGCGGUUAUCCAUAGAGGUCAAGAAUCGAUAGUAAAAACGUACCUCAGAGGCCGUGAAAAAUAUCCCGCGUGACUAAAAGCGCCGAGAUGGAAAUACCGUCUAUGCAUUCAUUUUUAAACUCUGAUGUGCAGUGGACUUGGAAGUCACUUUGCAUAGCGUUACAUUAGAGCGACACUCUCGCUGUAGCGAACCGCGCAAGAAGAGAUCGUCUAUGCAAAGAGUUUAACCAACACUAUAUGACGUAAAACCUUAGACACAGUCCUUUUGUUUUAAAAGGACAGUAAAGACGGGGAAAUAUAUAUAUGUAAACUAUAUAUAUGUAAAAAAAAAAAAUGUAUAACAAAUGAAUAUGCUUUAUUGUGUGAAACCUUUUUAAACGUAGCAAACUGGAGCUACUCUUUAUAGUAAAAAGGCCACAAACUACUCUAAAGCUGUGUCCGUGAUUAAUGUCACUUCUGCUAAUUACAAUUAGGAGCGAAUUAUUAUUAUUAUUAUUAUUUUUGUUGUUAAAUAAAAACGGGACAGAUUGUAAUCACAUGUUACUAACUCGAGUCAUUUUCUUUCAGGCAAAAGAAAUAAACGCAGCUACUUAUCUGAUGGAUUAAAUGUAUAUUUUGUGUUCGUUGAGGAAAGGAGAUCUCAGCAGUACUCGGUCGAAUAAACCGUUUCGUUAGUUACGAGCUACUCGGUGUUACGAGCUACGACUCUUAAUUAAAGAUUUGAAUCUACACGUCGAGACGCAAUCGUUUUCUGUAAUGAUGUCGAUUUACACGACAGUUUAACUUUUAAGGUUAAUAUUUUUACAUGUAAGGUGACGUUACAGGAUCCUGCGAGAAUCCCGCAUCAAGUUUUUAAUCAUCACGUUAAUAAUUUCCGUGACCCGACCUCCACACGUAACACGACUGGAAUCGCAAUAUUAGGCUUUAUAUAGUGCCACGCGUGGCAUAUCGACGAUUAAUUCGCCAUCACGACUGCACGCCCGUAGGUUGUAGAUUUUGUUUCGGCGCAAAUUCAGGAAGCUGGUCACUCCUUCACGUCAUGUAUCUGUACUUUUUAAAGUGUUACAAACGUAUGAAGAUGACCGCGUCGGGUUAAGGCGGUAAUCCGGACUAUGUACGUGUAGAUCGUGUCCUAUAGUCCGGAAAAUACAUCCCGCUUCAGGUUUAAUGUUUGUGGUAUGUUGGCAUGUUGGCGAGUGAACCAUCUUUAGGCAAAAAAAAAAACAGCUGGAAAUGGUUUAAGUGAAGCGGGUGAAAACUAUAAUGAAGACAUGUUCAUAGGUGUAUCAUUGUAGGUGUAUCAGUUCCACCUGAAAGGGACGGUAGCACUGUGUGUGUAAGUGUUGGUGUGUGUAUGCGUGUUCACGUUUAUGCAAAGAGAAAGUGAGCGCGAGAGGACACGUGUUUUAAAGCUCUCUCAGGAAAAUGAGCGCAUCCUGUUCAGAUUUGCUUUCAUUUCCUGUCGGGAGAUUUUGGCUCCCUGCGGAACCGUCCAUGACGAUAGUGGAAGUCUAUUAAAGCUCGUUGUUGUCGUCGUCGUCGUCGUCGUUAAAAUAACCCAAAUCACUGCUUCAACACUCGAUGGCCUAAUUCCGCUCUACCAGUUUCUUUCUGCCAGGAUGACAUCAUUGUUUAAGAUCGAUCAAUCGUGUAUCCGGCGAAAACGAUUCAAAUCGUCGGCUCAGUUAAGACUAAACCUACACUAUUACAUUCCAACGCGAGACGAGGACGGCUGAAUAUAUUUAGACACACUUUGUUGUACAAGUUUGUGUUUUUAUCAUUUGCUGUGCGAACAUUCGUUCUAAUCUCUUCACUUUUUCUUUCUCUUGUUGUUGUUGUUGUUGUAGAUGAUGCAGUUUAAUUUCACAUCGACACCAAAUGAACAGCUUUUAGCUCUGAACUUCUGAACUGUGAGGCAUUUUUGGAAGGUCGAUGAUCAGCGUUGAAAUUUUUUGCUCUGUGUCUGAACCUCCCUCGCCGUCGUUACUUCAGGGGAUGAGCGGACGGGAUGUUUUGCUAAAUCGCCAUUUCGGGUUUUUAGCUGACGUUUCAAAAUGGCCCGAGUUCAGCACGUCUCGUCCGUGAGCCGACCUUCACCACGGACGAUCGCGAGUUAUUGAGUUGAUUACGUGAGUGAAAUAUGAUACAGGUAAAUAGAAGAGGCAUGGUGUUUUGUUUUGUUUUUUUACAUUUUUUUUGUUUUUGUUUAUUUUCGGUUGCCAAACUUCACCCAAAUUCUGUAGUUCCUCUGAAACUCCAGUCUGCCUUUGAUGAAAAAUCCAACCUGAUGCUUACGUAACGGUGUUCACGUUGUUUUUCUGUGUAGUCGGGAGACGGGAAGGAGCACAGAACGCUUUUAGAAUUUUGACUUUUACUGAUGGACUGAAGUGUAAAAGAAAACCGCAGCCUGAAAACACAUGUUUCUAUUGAAACGUCUGAGGUGUGGUGGUCAGUGAUCCUGGUGCUAAUUUGUCGGUCGGUGCUGUAUUUUCGUUACUCCCCGUACGUUACCGGGGGAUGUUUUUAUUGCUUGUUCAAUUACAAUGGCGUUCAUCAGGAGUAAAAAUGAAAACCGUCUCGAACAUAAGUGAGAACGUUCGGAUUUCGUGAUCCUCGAAACAGAACCACAAAAAAAAAAAGCGCGGUUAUUUCUUUCUUGCCGUUUUUUCCAUCGACGUUCACGUUAAAACCAAACGCUGGAAUCGAAGUCGUUUCUGUACGACGCAGUCACGCCGAGUUACCGCACGGAAUGUUCUCGGAUAGUUAGCGAUGUACGGAAUGAUGAGAACGAUGGUGUUGGCGUUAAAGUUUGAGCGGGGUGUACUGAGAGAGCCGGGCAGACUAAAUGACUAAAGCGCUGCUGCAUCGCUCUUAUCAGGUAGAGGUGUCUGUGAAAGAAGUUUAAACAUAAAGCAUAAUAUGCAAGUUCAGGGUGUGUGUGUUUUUUUUUGUUUUGUUUUUUUUUAUUAGAUUUUAUAUGCUGUUAAUGCUUUGCGUGAGUCAGGUGUUAAACGUGUACCAGUGUACCGCGUAUACGGAGCGGACUCCCGUACCGUUUAAAAACCUCUCAAAAACUGUCCACUUUGCCAUAAUAGUACUAACUACAAGUGCAGUAGUUUUCCACUGGAUUGUACCGUAAAGGCUUGAAUGUGACAUUACAAAAAGAAGUCUAUUUUCAGAUAUUUACUCAAAUCUAGGUUGCUGUUUUAUUUGUAGGUCUUAAAUAUUAACGAUACCCCAGAGUAAUGGACGGAUUUAUCGUUGUGCAGGUAGCGAGACUGUUUUUAAUUUCCUCAGUGGGAAAUGUCGAAGUCACAAAUGCCUUCCUCUUUUUAAAAGGAGAAAAAAAGAGAGAGAGUUGUCGAUGUGGGCGAACGACGGGAACGUUUUAGAUGAAACGAAAGUGAUCUAGUAUGCAUAAAUCUGAAGUCUAUGCAAUGGAGUGUGGCUUGCGGUGCGUGAGGAGUCGUGUCUGGCGUGUGUAUAAAGAGCUUUCUCAUCAGUGCUGUACAGAGAUGCAUGCUUGCGUCAUGACUCGAGAUGCACAGGAAUCGCGUAGUAUAUAGAUAUAUAGAUAUAUAGAUAUAACGUAGCAUACUCAAGCCACUUGUAUUCACUCCACAGGGAAAUCACUGUCCUCAUAUUUAGUAUAUUUUUGCAAAAAAAAAAAAAAAAAAAACCCAACAAAGCAAACGUGGCAUUUCUGUAGACAUUUUCUUCAGCGUCUUUUUUUUUUUUUUUUUUUUUUUUUUUUUUAGAAAUAGCAAUACGUUUCGUUCAUCUAUUUUUGUAAUACUUGAAAUAAUGUGCAAUUUAUGUUAUGAUUUAAAAGAAACAAACAAACAAAAAAAAAAACCCCAACUCCUAACAGCCCUGCAUUAGUUUUAUUUUUCCAAUCAUAUGUACAGGAAAUAUUAAUAUUAUUAGAAUUAUGACUAAUAAAUAAACCAGAAAAAGCGUCUUUUAAAACAUUUUUUAAUGCGUCUACAAGAAAGGGAACGUCUGAACCGUGCUGAGCGUCUCUAUGGUUAGAACUCCGUGUGUUCCUUGUGUCUGAACUUUGCAUUUCUGUGUCUUUACAGCUCCAGCGUAAAGCAAGCAUCAUUCAUUUCAGUGGCUCUGUUCAAUGUGUAGUUUCUUCUUCUUUUUUUUUUAUUUACUUUUUAUGGAAAACAUAUAAAUAAAGUUUGAAAAUAUCA